CACUAUUCCUGUCGAUGCAGUUAAAGCUGGAAAAGAUUUCAUAUCAUGAUAUAGAGAUGUUUUAAUUUAUAGGAAUUGUUAUGCAAAGCGUGUGACACGAGGGUUAUGUGUGAGUAUGACUUGAUAUAUACGCUAGUGUCAGAAAAGGGGACGUCCUCAAGUUUGACAACCGAAAGGGUUUAUAUUAGUGUUCUUUGACGAACGGAAGUUGACGUCCGGUGACGUAAAGCAACUUUAUCUCGCAGUUGCUUUUGAACAGUGACAAUGAAAGCUCGCACAUGCAUUUUCGCCGCCAUUUUCUUCGGACAAAUUUCAAAGUUAGAAGGAUUUCUUUCUGAUGACGAGGAUUUGUUGACUGAGGGACCGGAUUCUAGAUCGGGUUCUGGGGACGGAUGCUUUCAAAUUCCAACUGAUAGAAAUUGCACCUGCAGCACCUUCUUUGAUUGCGUUCAGACUUGUUCAGACAUGGAGUGUGAUCUGGCCCUUGUCGAUUGUUUAGAUGGUGGUGUUUACGGAAACUGCAGAAGUCGAUUAAACUCAACAAUCACUUCGGAUGAAAAUUCGACGGCCGUUAAUAAGGAAACGACACUGAUAAUAGUUGGAAGCGUGUUACCCGCCAUUUUUCUGACUGCGACCAUCAUCAUCUUUGCACUCAGAAAUAAAGAAUGCUGUUGUACAAGAACGGGUAAAAGAGGUAAUGGGUCCAAACACGCUGACGUGUUCCAACCACAACUGGUAAAUCAAGAUCGAAAAACAGCCAAGGUUUUAAUCAGUCCUAUCCAGGUCAAUGUACGGGACAACUCAAGAAAUAACGAACAAGCGCCACCAAAUAUGGUUUCAUUUUCGACGAAAAAAUCAGUUGUUAAUCAGCACAGUACAUUUAAAAACGAUUACCAAGAACUGUCGGACAUCAACAGGAAACAAAAUGGAAUGAAGUCUGAUAGGUCUUCCACUGUCUUAGAUAGCAGUUCCGAACACUGGAAGAAAGCUGAUGAGGAAUAUCAAAAUAUUGAAGAUAUAGACCAGAAUUACCCGUUUAUAAACUCUUCCAUUCCCCCAUAUCAUCUGCGAACAACGACCGAGGAGAAACCAGUAGACAGAAAUGACCCCAUGUCUUACUAUCAGCCAAUGAACGUGACAGACCAUUACUGGACGAUGACCAGUCCUGACGUCGAUUUGUACAUUCCAAUGGCGGAAUCGGCCGUCAGUGAAGAUGGAGGGGAGUACGCAAAAAUGGGAGGGUCAAUCCACCGCACCAGCAACGUCUACGUUAACGGCAUGCUGAGGGAAAAUCUGUAUCACAAUGAGACUGUAGCUCAACGGGUUGCAGAUUAUUCCAACGAUUCGGGAGACACAAUGGAAGAGGAAGUAUACGAGAAAAUUGACAAUUAAAAUUAGAGUAAAACUCUCUGGUGCACGGCAUCCAACAUUUGUAAAUUUUUCUGUGUUAAUUUGUGUUAUUGCUGUGAGGAUAAUUCAGCACCAUUUACAUGAACAUGUAUUAUAAAGCUUACCUUCCAACCAGAAAACUUUAGAAUACAACACAUGUAUUAGCA